UGACAGCCUCUGGCCACCAAGACAGGAACUGCCUGUUCCUCUUCUGUCCAGUGCCGAGUUGCACAGCAGAGGAGCAGCUGCACCUGAGGGCGGGAGGCAGGCGACAGCUCAGCUAGGAAGAUGCUGGCACUCCUGGCAGCCCUGCUCCUCCUGCGCAGUGCGCCAUCCAGCUGGGCGCAUUGCUGGGGGUCUCCAAAUUCAAACUCCUGCGUGGUCCUGGACUGGUCGGAAUUCAGUAGCGAUACUCAGCGAGCCCUGAACCUCAGCAGCCAUGGCAUCAGGGAAAUCACUGGUCCUGCCCGGCUGCGGGAGUCAGUCAACACGCUGGAUCUGUCCUUUAACUGCCUGCAGACCCUUCCCCCGGAUUUCCUCUCCCAGGCACGUGCUCUCAGGCAGCUUUACCUGCAGCACAACCAGCUGCGGGGACUGCCCUCCGAGUUCUUCAAGAGCGCCACCAGCCUGCAGAGCCUGGUCGUGGACUGCAAGUGUGACGUGGUGGGGAGCGUGGUCAGCCACUGCAAUAGCCCCACCAACAGCACAAACCGCACCUGCCACUGCCACUCAGAGCAGGAGAAAACCGAGUUCUACAACGUCACCGAGUUCUACACGCGGCACUGCCAGCCUCUUUGCACGCCACUCUGCGUGGCCAUCACCAGCUCCGUGCUGGCCUUGCUGCUGCUGGCAGGGGGCCUGGCUGUGGCCUUGUUCCUGCUCAGGAGGAGACAGGCCUCUGUCGUCCACAGCAAACGGGAAUCCACCGCAUCCAUCACCCACGGCCAGCCACGCUACAUCAGCCGCAACACAGAGACGGGCCCCGGCCAGGCCAGCGACUAUGAAAAUGUCUUCAUUGGCCACUCCCAGCCAGUCGGGCAAUACGAGUGUCUGGAGAGAAAGGGAAUGCAGUACAGAGUCCAGCAGCUGGUGGACGAGGAGUGUUACAUGGAGAGCGACACCUGCCACGGAGACCAGCCCAUUUACGCCAACACCCAGCAGCUGUACAGCAGCAGCUUCCCUGUGCCCAGUGACAGCGAGGAGGUGUACAUCGUCCCGGACAAAUGAGCCCUCUGCCCGCCCGGAGGCACCCCAGCCCUGCCUGUCUCUGGGGAGCGGGCUUGGGCAGCGGGGGAGCGUGGGUGCCACAGUCCCGUUCAGCAGCUAUGACCAUGUGUCACGCCCAGGGGAGGGGACUGCUGGGGAUCCCAAUUAAAGCAAAAUCACCUGGCAAUUGCUUCCCCCCCCCAACCCCGGGUAUUACCCUGCAGCCAUGACCCAGUCGAGCCCCGCUGGAAUGCAGACAGCUCAGGUUUCCCCGGGGGGGCUGGAAUUUCCCCUCCCCCAUACAGAGGGAGAGCUCCCCACAGGGCCGGGGAGGGGAUCCUACCCUGCAUCAGUCUGCAAAUUCCUCCAGAAAUAGCUCCCGCUUCUCCUGCCAAAGUGCCUGGUUCUGCGCCAGGCUGGCUGAGCCGCUGCUGGGACCCAAACACCAGCAAUUUGGCCUCCAUGCGGUUUCCUCUGCACCUGGGAAUUGUGGGGGCGGGGGGGGGGUGUCACAGAGUCCCUGGGCGAUGCUCUGGAACUGCUCCUCACAAAGCCAGGUAGGA